AUGCCCAGGCACCCCAAGCAGAAAAACAAGCACAAGUUGUGUGCUUUGGCCCUCGCGGCGGGGACAGUUGUGUCUGCAGCUGCCUCCUCGGGGGUUCAUCGCUUCACAAUUUACCGCCGGCGCAAGGAAGAGAAGGACAUCAGGAAAGCAGCGCCGAACAUGUACUUCUUGGAUCCUAGCAAGCACGCCAAGACGUACAUCAAAAACCCGGAAUUCGGAGAAAGAUUUGACGCUCGCCUCUUCUCUUCGAGAUCGCGAGCGGCAAACAUCGAGUUUUUGCGGCGCCUCCUGAAGCGCAAUCUUCUUACCAUCCGGCGGAUCACGCACAAAAGCCGCAAGAAACGUUCCGAAAUGGAGCGAGUUGCAGGUGUGUUCUCACACGCAAUCCAGCACGCAAUCGAGGAGAGUGCAUCGCUAGUUUUUAUCGAGGGCACAAAGAAGUGUGAAUCGGUCUACAACAUGGACCAGACGGCCAUCUUUAUCGACAUGAACGGCAGUGAAGGGAACGGAUUCCGAACUUCUGUCUUCCUCGCAGCGUCUGCGACUGGGCAAAAACUGCCCCUGCUGAUCGUCUUUGCUGGAAUCGCCGGCGGGCCCGUCUCGCAGGCGGUUUGGAGUCCAUACUUCGGGGCCCCAGACUGUGAGCACACAGUCCAGCGCAAGACACACUGCAGCGAAGAGAUCUGGAUGCCGAGUGUAAAUGGCUGCAAGCUGCUGCUCCUGGACAGCUUGAAAGUCCACAAGAUGGCGACCGUGAGGGCCAUGCUGGAGGAGGACUGCUGCACCCAAGUCUAG